UACAGAAUAUAUAGAUAAUAAUUUUGUAGGUGAGUGGUUUGGUAAAAUACGUUCCUUUGGAGAAAAUGUCUGAUCGCAUGGCUGUAUUGUUGUGCAACUUGAAACCAUCUAAAAUUAGAGGAGUCGUUUCUGAAGCAAUGGUAAUGUGUGCUAGUACACCUGAUAAAGUCGAAAUAUUGGAACCCCCAGCUGGUGCAGUGCCUGGCGAUAUUAUAAGUGUUGAAGGUUACAUGAGAUCUCCCGAUAAAGUUUUAAAAGUGUUUGAUCAAGUAGCAGAGGAUUUAAAAACAAAUGACGCAAAUCAAGCUACGUACAAGGGAAUUCCAUGGACAAUAACUAAUAAAGGAAUUGUGGUUGCGCAAUCAUUGAAAAAUGUUAAAAUUAAGUAAAGCUUUUAUAUUUUAAUGUACUCUGUUAUUAUAAAUUUUCCUUUAAUUAAUUAGUUAAUAUUCAUUCACAUGUUUAUGAGUUCCAUUAUUUAUUAAUGCAGUGAAAUUUAAUAUUUUAAAUGCAUUGUGUCUUCAAUGAUUAUUUUAUUAUUCUUGUAACUAGAGUAUUCUGAUUAGUUAAUUAUAAUUGUAAUUUACAUUAAUAAAACAAAAUUUUUCCGUGAUA